AUGAAUACGGAAGAGUUCGAGAAGCUGCUGAGGAGGUCGGGGUUGGAUCUGUGGACUCUGAUCGAGACCGCCAUUUCUGUGGCUGCUAGGGAUCACGGGAAGGAGCUCAGGUUGCGGAGGGAUGGGAUCGUUGAACGGCUGUACCGGCGCUACAAUGGAGAAGAGGGAGCGGCGAGGGCUUCGGUGGAGUCCGAAGAAGACGAUGGAAUCCGAUCGAAAGUCACAGAGGCGGAGAUGGACGACCUAGACAACCAUGAGAGGACGAGAGGCACUUCUCCGUCGAGUCCGCAGUCGCCAUACAGGAAGGAGGAGGAGGAGGAAGAAGAAGACGAUCGCGGCCGGAGGCCUUACGGUCGUCCAUUCGAGGACGAGCAGAGUAAGAUACUCGCCAUCAAAGAGCACCUCCAUGACCCCGAUCAGGUCCAGCUCCUCUCUGACAUGCACCAAUCUCGUCACCUACUUUGCUGUCAUUCACGAGUUUACUAUCCUGAGCAUUCCGUCGCAGUCGGACGAAUCCCUGGUUCAUAUGCUGCAUACUCUUGCCGACAUGGAUCUAACGUUCAAAGCUCUAAAGGUCUGUCUACUCCCCACCCUCAUCCCCCUCCCGGUGCAGAAAGGAAAGGAAAAAAACACCAUCAACUGUUUCGUGUGACAAAUUUCUCUGUUGAAUCGUAGGGAACCGACGUAGGAAGGCAUGUCAAUGGCCUGCGGAAGCACCCUUCGAGCGAAGUGCGGAGACUGGUGAAGAAUCUUGUGAGGUGAGCGUGGAUGAAUCGGAAAUUCCACAGAGAAGAAGUUCCUCUUCUUCAGUCGUCGUCACCUGUCUCUGGGUCUGAUUCAGCUGUGCUGUGUGACAGGAAAUGGAAAGACCUCGUGGACGAUUGGGUGAAGUCUAACUCCAGCGAAUCUGCGACCUCAACGGUCAUCCGUAGGUCCCUCUGAUCGAGCAAACAAUACCAGGAGCGGAGGAUUCCUGCUGCUCUAAUUCGAUCAUCACUGAUCAUUCUCCCGGAACUGGUUGAUCUUUCAGCAGACGGAGACUCCCCGAAGCGGAUCCAAGCCAGGAGCAGCCAGAACGGAAAUCAAGUAACCCUCUUUUCCCAGCUCCCAAUGCUCCCCGAUCUCUCUCUCUCUCUCUCCCGUUUCUUCCAUCUCUGUGACAGUGCCAUCUGAACUCUCUUCCAGGUUCCGGACUUCGGCUACUCCCCAAACCCACGCAGUACGUUCGUCAAUCAGCUUGUCGUUGGGAUCAUUCAUCCCCUACUUCAGCGUGUAGAUCUCACCGCCCACUGGUUUUUGAGCAGGCGGGAGCUCGGUUUCCGACAAGACCAACUCGGAGGGGGAGAUGAAAUCGAAGAUAGCUCCGCCGCCGCGAAAGGAGACUCCGGCGAAGCCCAAACUUCCGACAGCGCCUCCCCCUUCCUCUUCCUUUGUAAUCUCCCGUUGAUCCCUUCACAGAGAGUAGAUCGUCUGGCAUGCCACCGAGAGCUCCCUUCUCCUGACUUUGUUGUGGCAUCUCCACCAUCCGUGCAGAGGGCGAAGGAGGACAGCUUGCUCGACCCGGAGAGGCUCGCCUCCGCCAAGAGAAGGCUCCAUGAGAACUACCAGGAGGCGGAGAACGGUAGAACCAUAGCCGAUUAACCUUCAGGUUCUCUGUGAUGGCGCAUCUGACGUCGUUGCUGCUGCUGGUUCUUGUGAAGCGAAAAAGCAGAGGACGAUCCAGGUGGUUGAUAUCCACGACGUCCCCAAGCCCAAAGGAUCCUUCUCCGGUCGCCACAAACCCGGCUUCCAGGCGAAGCACUGGUGA